AUGACGAAUCCCAAAGGUUAUCGCCGCGGCACGCGGUACAUGUUCUCUCGCAAAUUCAGAACGAAAGGUGUCACUAAGCUGUCACGUUAUAUGGCAAUCUACAAACGUGGAGAUAUAGUCGACAUCAAGGGUGACGGUGCCAUUCAAAAAGGUAUGCCACACAAGUUCUACCACGGAAAGACAGGCCGGAUCUUUAAUGUGACCCCUCAUGCUGUUGGUGUUGAGGUCAACAAACAAGUUGGCAACCGCAUCAUCCCUAAGAAAAUCAAUGUGAGGAUUGAACACAUUAAGCAGAGCAACUGCCGUCUAGACUUCCUGAAACGUGUCAAGAGAAACGAAGCUCUGAAAAGAGAGGCAAAGGAGAAGGGUGUCAAGGCAUCUACCAAAAGAGUGCCUGCACAGCCAAGAAAAGCCCACUUUGUGAGCACAAAGCUUAUCAAGCCUGAGUUUCUCGCACCAAUUCCGUACGAAAUUAUUGCCUAA